CUCUCCCCGCACAAGGGAGUGACAUACAAACACAAUUGGAUAUACACCGCUAUAAAUCUGUGCCUUUAAAUCAGCAGCAUACUGUUGAAGCGCCACUAAUAAGGAGCUGAUAUUUGUAGUGCAUGCAAGUGAUGCAGUGAGAAUCGAUUGCAAAUGAGAUAAUGUAUGUGAAUCUCUAUCAGGCAGUGCAUUAGUGGUGUAUUGUCUUAAGAUUUUAGAUUGAGAGGAAAUCCAUCUGUCCUCACAAUGGACUUCCCUUUUGACUUGAAUGCGCUUUUCCCUGAGAGAAUUUCAGUGCUGGAUAACAACUUGACUGCAGGGCGGAAAGCGCAUGGGAGACCAGAUCCUCAGCUUCAUAUCGCCACGGUUAUAGAUGAGCUGGGCAAAGCCUCCGCUAAGUCUGUCAUUAUGUUUGUGUUUACAACCUCAGGCCCAGCAGCUACCUGCACCUAUAACCAGUGCUGCAAAGCUCCAGGCCAACAGACACCAUGUCUACCUCCUGAAAGAUGGGGAGCAGAAUGGUGGGAGGGGUGUUGUAGUUGGAUUUCUGAAGGUUGGCAACAAGAAGCUUUUUUUACUUGACCAGCGGGGGGCGCAUUUAGAGACAGAGCCUUUGUGUGUGCUGGAUUUCUAUGUGACAGAGACGUUGCAGAGACAUGGCUACGGGCUCGAGCUCUUCGACUUCAUGUUGAAACACAAACGGGUGGAGCCUGAGCAGAUGGCAUAUGAUAGACCCUCUCCUAAAUUCCUGUCCUUUCUAGAAAAACACUAUGAUCUGAAAAACAGUGUGCCCCAGGUUAACAACUUUGUGGUGUUUGGUGGCUUCUUCAAGAUUAGAUCAGCAGUCCAAUUGAGAAAGGUUCCCCCAAAAAAGCCAGAGGGAGAGAUCAAACCAUAUUCACUAAUGGAAAGGGAAGUGGUCCGGGAGGAGCAGAGGGCUCUCCCCUGGCCGUUUGUUCACCCCGUGGGCCCCCCCCACUCUCCCCCUCUGCUUCCAUCAUCUCUGCAAUCCCGUUCACUCAGUGUGGGAUCCUCCCCCAGCCGGGCCCCUCUCCGCCCCGCCGCGGGCCCUGGGCUCCAGCAGGGUCAGACCCCCUCUUCCCAGCUCAACGACAAAUACAGAGCAAAACGCACCAGCCAUCAGGGUCUGGUUGCCAGGAGCAACCUCUACAGUCACCAUGUCAACAGCCAAGACCUCGGGCAAUUAUUGGCAGAACAGCAGAGCUCCUUGAAGAUGCCAGCUGUCGUGUGUGCUUCCUUAGGGCUGAAACCAGAGCUCUGUGAGAGGGUGUGUGACAUAGGGGCAAAGGCAGAUGCAGUGGAACACAAAAACACAACAGGAAGACCACAUCUUCAAGUCCAGGUUGUCUCCCUUCCAAGGACUGCUGCCCCAAAAAAAGAUAAUCAGCAGGGCCAGACGUCCAUAACACCCUUGGAACAAAAAGGAGAGCUAAGCAGUGAGCUUAAUACCAAAGCACCAAAUAACAACCUCAGGACUGGCAGGGUUCCCAGAGCCGGGGUGGAGGACUGUAAGAAAGACAGAACAGCUGAGAUCGAGAGAGGCAGAGGAAGAUGCGGAUGGUCUUGGACGGUUGAAGAGAGCCGCUAUACAGCCCAGUGGGUGCGACAGAAACAAGAGUAUCGCAGCACACAGCCCUGGUGAGGGGACGUCGUAGGACAAAUGUUGAGGAAAAUGAAGGAAUUGUUGGACAAACGGCACGCUAAAAAUGAGAAUAAAGAAGGGUAAAGGGAUAUUGAGAAUUUUAUUAAAGCACAAAGUGGAAAAAAGCCCUUUAGUCUUGCUGUAAAUUACUGAAACUAAGUACAGUAGCAGAACUGUGUGAGCACUAUUAGACUUGAGGUUGUCAGACUUUCACUUUUUAAAUUUUUUUUUAUUUAAAAACAGAAAAAUAAUAUUAUUAAAUAUUUUUAGCUAUUAAUUUUAUGCCUGCACUUUUAUAAUCACAAUUUUAUAAUCUGAUGAUGUUCUUUUUUCAGAAACAGCUCUAUGCAAACCUACAGAGAUUUUUUCACAACUAAUUUUAAAUAAAUAGAUGAAAAUAUCACUGCUCUCAAAUAUCACAAGUAUUUUUACUAUCAUAAUUUUACAGUCAGAAAGCAUACUCAUUCUUGCACACAGAUCAGUCUUUUACAUUAUUCCGUUGGGAAGGUCAUUAAAAUUUCAAUGAAUCAAUAAACAACCAGAUUAAAUCCUUGGAACACAUUUGACAAAGACAUUAGUGAAAGUUUCACUUGGCAGCAUGUCGAAAAUAAUGAUGCGUGUUUGAGUGUCUUAGUCUCAACGACUGGGCGAAUCUCAGGAAAUCCAGGUCAGAUUUUGCCCCAAAUUAAAAAAAAAACAAAUAAGAAAUUGUAUUUUGGAUAAAGAAAAUGAAGCCUACUUUUAGUGCCAUUUUCUGAUUAUUUUCAUACAAUUAAGCGUAUUUUCACUCCAAAUUCUCGUUAGAGUAAUGAGUCAGGAUAUUUUACUGUGUUACGUUUUUUCUAAUUCUUAUUAUUCUCAAUGGUAAUUCUCGAUAUUUUUUUUUUUUUUUUAACUUUAUCCCCUUUUCUCCCAAUUUGGAAUGCCCAAUUCCCACUACUUAGUAUGUCCUCGUGGUGGUGCGGUUACUCACUUCAAUCCGGGUGGCAGAGGACAAGUCUCAGUUGCCUCCGCUUCUGAGACUGUCAAUCCACGCAUCUUAUCACAUGGCUCGUUGUGCAUGACACCACAGAGACUCACAGCAUGUGGAGGCUCAUGCUACUCUCUGCGAUCCACACACAACUUGCCACGCGCCCCAUUGAGAACGAGAACCACUAAUUGCGACCACGAGGCGGUUACCCCAUGUGACUCUACCAUCCCUAGCUACCGGGCCAAUUUGGUUGCUUAGGAGACCUGGCUGGAGUCACUCAGCAUGCCCUAGAUUUGAAUUCAUGACUCCAGGGAAUUCCAGGGGUGGUAGUCAGCGUCAGUACUCGCUGAGCUAUCCAGGCCCCCGGUAAUUCUCGAUUCUUAAAAAAAACUAAUAUAUUACAUUACAUUAUCUGUAAUUUUUUUACUGCAAUGCAUACUGUAUACAUAAUUAAAGGCAGUACAAAAAAUACUACCAUGAUGUAGAAAUACAUUAACAUUUAAAGGAAAGUUCACUCAAAAAUGAAAAUUCUCUAAUAAUUUACUCACCGAACUCUAAGAUUUUUAGAAGAAUAUUUCAGUUCUGUAGGUCCAUUCAAUGCAAGUGAAUGGUGACCAAAACUUCAAAUCUUUACAAAGCACACAAAGGCAGCAUAAAAGUAAUCCAUUCGACUCCAGUGGUUUAAUCCAUUUCUUGUAAACCGAUUCAAUUGGUUUUGGGUGAGAAACAGAUCAAAAUAUUUUUUUUUUACUGUACAUCUUGUCAUUGCAGUCUCUUGGCACGAUCAUGAUUUCAAGCUCGAUUACACUUCCACCGCUUGACGAAUGCGCAGAGCUCUAGAUGGUGUAAUCAAGCUUGAAACCAUGAUCGCAAAGGAGACAGCUGAUGUUAAGAUUUAAUGUGAAAAUUGAGUCACAUUUUGGUCUGUUCUCACCCAAAACCGAUUGUAUUGCUUCUGAAGAUAUUAAACCACUGGAGUCAUAUGGAUUACUUUUAUGCUGCCUUUAUGUGCU